AUGGUUGGAGAAAAGAAAGAGUUCCUAAUAAUAAAUGAAGAGUAUGCAUGUCUGAAACAAAAAAGAGUCAAAAAAUCCACCAAGCAAGUAGGCGAAAGUUCUGUUGCCUUGCCGCGUGUUGUACGCAUUUACAUGGCGAACAGUGACGCCACGAACUCGUCUAGUGACGAGGAUGAGAAGCUUUAUGGAGAGGAGUCCAAGCAACUUAAAAAGACGUGUAUAAAGGAAAUAAUCAUUGACAAUGGAAAGACCAGGGUCAUUUCAAAGAAGAAGAAAGAUAUAAAGCUGCUGCAAGAAAAUGUGAAGUACAGGGGAGUUAGACAGAUAAAAUGGGGCAGAUGGGCAGCAGGGAUUCAUGAUCCAAGAAAAAAAGCUCGGGUUUGGUUGGGAACUUUUGACACUGCUAUUGAAGCUGCUUUGGCUUAUGACAAUGCAGCCAUUGAAAUAAGAGGGGCUAAUGCAGUGACAAACAUCCUCAAGCCACCACUAAAGGAAACCAACAACAUCAAAAUCAACUUGAUGGAUUCAACCUUCCGUAGGUGGAUCCAUUGUAACUUUGAAAUUAUGAGUACAAAAGUUAAUAUUUGUUGAACUUUUAGACGUUUUCACACAUACAUUUAUGUCCCAUGUGAAGAAUACUAGGUUCCUUUGAACCAAUUAAACAAAGGCUGCAUCCACCUCUGAAGGGAGAUCCAACUUCUUCAAGCCACCAUCUUACCCACAAAUGAUGUUAGUGCUUGAAAUUGCUUACUUUUUAGUUGUACAAUAGCUAAAGUGUUAAACUUGGAUAUUUCCCUACUAAUUGGGAUGU